AUGUUGUCUGCAUACUUGUAUUACCCCAUCUACUGUAGUCUUAUCUUAGGUAUGAUAUCCUGCUCAUGUUGUCUGGCAAUACGUCUGCAGACCUCGUACCAAACAACCCAGAAGCUCAGUGUCGAGGAUGUCUGUCUUAUAAUGUCUUGGGCUUUUAUCAUAACGACCCAAGUAAUAAUCUUAUGGGCAUUAGACCACGCAGGUCUCGGGUGUCACAUAUGGUACCUGAAUGAGAAGACUGUUAGUAUAUAUCAGAAGCUUCUUCUCUCGGUAUUCUGUUCAUUUGUUUCCGGGAUGUAUCUGACCAGGCUUUCUCAACUAAUCUUCCUAUACCGGGUGAUCAUUAUCUCAGACACCCAAUGGCUCCGUACCGUCCUAGUAGCCGUUAUAGUGCUGAUAACUCUAGGAUCAUGCACUCUGGUUGCCUUUUUCGUCUUUGCUUGUCGGCCAAUAUCAAAAUCUUGGAAUAUUGCACAUCCAGGGAAAUGCAUUAACAAGGCUGCCAUAUUUGUAUCAGUGGCAGUGUUCAAUAUCAUUUCAGACUUCUGUCUAAUUGGCCUACUUGUCCUGCUGAUAUGGAACAUACAAUUAUCAAACUCCCAUAGAAAGAAAUUUUUCAUUCUCUCCAGUUUGGCUUGUUUGUCGGCAUACCCAAAUUCCACUACUAGUGAUAUAGCUAAGGAAUACAGGACAUUCAUCGCGAGUGCUGUCCGCUUACGAUUUACUGUUCCUCUACUGCAUUCCGAAGACCUGACAUACAAAAUGGCACCUGUGGCCUUAUUAGUUGGAAUAGAAGCUAAUGUGAUUAUUAUCACUGUAUGCUUUCCUGCAAUAAGACAAUCAAUCCGGAGAACAGCAUUGAGCACUUCCAUGCGGUUUUGA